AUGUUUCGGGGGUACUCUAUUUUUGUUUUUUCAUUGGGGAAAAAAGAGGAAGAGAGGCGCGAUUUUGUGCCAGUCAAACAAAGGGUAGUCUAUGACAACACCGACAACCACCGCGACAACCACCGCGGCAUCUCCCUACUGAACAUCGCCGGGAAGAUCUUCGCUCGCAUCCUGCUCAACCGCCUCAACAACCAUCUGGAACAGGGCCUUCUGCCGGAAAGCCAAUGCGGCUUCCGUCGUCAUCGUGGGACCACGGAUAUGAUCUUCGCAGCCCGCCAACUUCAGGAGAAGUGCCAGGAGAUGCGGACCCACCUAUACUCUACCUUCGUGGACCUGACGAAAGCCUUCGACACGGUGAAUCGUGAAGGACUGUGGAAGAUUAUGCAGAAAUUCGGCUGUCUGGAGCGAUUCACUCAGAUGGUGCGUCAGCUGCACGACGGUAUGAUGGCGCGAGUCACGGACAACGGAGCUGUCUCAGAGGCAUUCGCAGUUACCAACGGAGUGAAGCAGGGCUGUGUGCUGGCGCCUACCCUCUUCAGUCUCAUGUUCUCUGCCAUGCUGAUGGACGCCUACCGCGACGGACGCCCUGGAAUCCGCAUCGCCUAUAAAACGGACGGUCAUCUCCUGAAUCGCCGGCGCAUGAACUUCCAAUCGCGUGUAUCCACCGCCACCGUGCACGACCUCCUCUUCGCCGACGACUGCGCCCUGAACACCACCUCAGAAGUGGAGAUGCAACGGAGCAUGGACCUAUUCUCCGCCGCCUGCGAGAACUUUGGGCUGGUUAUCAACACGCAGAAGACAGUGGUGAUGCAUCAGCCGCCUCCCAACUCAGCCACAGCCCCCAACGCGUCGCCGCAAAUCAACGUGAAUGGGACUCAACUGCAAGUGGUAGAUAACUUCCCGUACCUGGGCAGCACGCUCUCCCGCAACACCAAGAUUGAUGACGAAGUCGCCAACAGGAUCUCGAAAGCCAGUCAAGCCUUCGGACGCCUCCGAAGCACAGUUUGGAAUCGUCAUGGUCUCCAACUGAGCACAAAGCUGAAGAUGUACAAGGCCGUCAUCCUGCCGACGUUACUGUACGGAGCGGAGACCUGGACGGUGUACACGAGGCAGGCACGUCGACUAAACCACUUCCACCUCAGCUGUCUCCGCCGCAUCCUGAGGCUGAACUGGCAGGACCGCAUCCCCGACACCGAAGUGCUGGAACGGACGGGAAUUCUGAGCAUCUACUCCAUGUUGAGACAAAUGCAGCUGCGCUGGAGCGGCCAUCUGGUGCGCAUGGACGACGAGCGACUACCCAAACGACUCUUCUACGGAGACGUCGCGACGGGUUCUCGUCGUCAAGGAGGCCAAAUUCGCCGUUACAAAGAUACUCUGAAGUCCUCCCUGAAGCGCCUGCACAUCAACCCGACCAACUGGCAAGACCUCGCCCGCGAUCGUCCGACAUGGAGGAGAACAGUGAAGACGGGCGCUGCUAUCCACGAAGCCAACCGCAUCGCCGCCGCCAAAGUGAAACGCGAAGUCCGCAAAUCACAACUUCGCCCAAUACGCAACGCCGCCGCACAACCGCUCCCUACGUGUCCUCGAUGUCAACGGACAUUCCGGGAACGAAUCGGACUUGUUGGACAUCUUCGAACCAACUGCACCUCUCGAACUGCUCCAGCCAUCGUCCCCGCGCCCGCCUCUUCCUCGUCCUCUCUUCCGCCAACUAACUCUGACACUCCUUCUGCACCACCACUUCCAUCCUCCUCCUUCUCCUCCACUGCCCCAGCGGUGGCCGUUCAGGCUGCCGUUUCACACAUCGCCAACCACGACACAGCAACCGCAACCACCCCCACCUGCCCUCACUGCGACCGCACCUUCACCUCACACAACGGCCUGGUCGGUCACUUGCGAAUCCAUCGCACAGAGACUGGUGAACCAGUGCCUGGAGCACCAACCUACACCCACCGCACUCGCCUCCACUGCCCACAAUGCCCUCGCACCUUCCGGCAUCGCAUGGGCCUAUUCGGCCACAUGCGCAUCCAAAAGAGUGGAAUUGACCGCAGCCUUGACACACCCACCCCGCCGAGCCCCACUCCCAAUCCAUCACCUUGUGCACCCACUAACCACUCCCCAGCCGACAUCGACGCCACCGACCUUACCACCCCCCACUCCUCCCCUUCCUCCUCCACUUCCUCCUUCACUGCCACAACGACGGCCACUCCGGCGUCUGUAGCGCACGACUUCACCAAAGCCGCACCUGACACAACAACCGGCACAACCCCUGCAACCUCCAUCAUCAGACGUGAGGGCCAGGACUACAUCUGCCCUCACUGCGAUCGCACCUUCACCUCACGCAUUGGCCUGGUCGGUCACUUGCGAAUCCAUCGCACAGAGACUGGUGAACCAGUGCCUGGAGCACCAACCUACACUCACCGCACUCGCCUCCACUGCCCACAAUGCCCUCGCACCUUCCGGCAUCGCAUGCGUCUAUUCGGCCACAUGCGCAUCCACGAGAGCGGAAUUGACCACAAUUCCGAUACAGCCACGACAUCCAACACAUCCACCACGCCCAGACCCAUCCUCGCUCCACCGUCACACGCGCCGACCACCACCACUGCCACCACCACCACCAACACCACUGCUUCCUCUACAGCUGACACCGACACCGCCGACCUCUCAUGCCCACAUUGUCCACGCACCUUCACCUCACGCAUCGGCCUGGUCGGUCACUUGCGAAUCCAUCGCACAGAGACUGGCGAACCAGUGACUGGAGCACCAACCUACACCCACCGUACUCGCCUUCACAGCCCACACUGCCCUCGCACCUUCACGCAUCGCAUGGGUCUAUUCGGCCACAUGCGCACCCACGACGACCUGCGGUAG